AUGCGAUCCAAGUUCAAAGACGAGCACCCCUUCGAGAAGCGCAAGGCCGAAGCCGAGCGAAUCCGCCAGAAAUACGCCGACCGUAUCCCGGUCAUCUGCGAAAAAGUUGAAAAAUCCGACAUCGCAACCAUCGACAAGAAGAAAUACCUUGUCCCCGCAGACCUCACCGUCGGCCAGUUCGUAUACGUAAUCCGCAAGCGCAUCAAGCUGUCGCCCGAAAAGGCGAUUUUUAUCUUUGUCGAUGAGGUGCUGCCGCCGACUGCGGCGUUGAUGAGUAGUAUUUACGAGGAGCACAAGGAUGAGGAUGGUUUCUUAUACAUUACUACAAAUCAGUAUCGGAAAGAGCUCGCAGCAUGCUACCGUCGAGAGCUAGGGGGUGGUGGCUUUUUUACGGAAGAACGCGAUUCUCCUGCGUUGAAAGAGUCGUCCACUGAUGAAUUUGCGACACUCCACAAGCUCUGCCAGUUCUCUUGCCCACCCGACAUCAAAUUUCCAAUGGCCAACCUUGAGACACUCGGAUACGUGAGUGAUGAAGACGAGACAGAGGUCGCCAACGCCGGCUCCGCAUAUGAAUCCCCAAUAAUGGAAGCAACAUACCGAGUCUCGUAUACACAUCAAGAAUACUCCGGAUCUCGGCAGUAUUGA